ACUGGGAUCGUCGCACAAGGCCCUCCUCCCGGUCAAGGUGGAGGAAGUUGCCCGAGAGGCGGGAGGGGGCCAGAGCCUGUUGUUUUCCGCCAGCCGGGCGGGCUGGGCGCAGGGGCGGGGCGCGCGCCCCAGAGGCGAUCCUCGGGGCUCUGCCGAAGCAUCCUAUCCGGGGCGCCCCUCACUGCGGGCUGGGGAGUCCCAGGAGCCCCGUGCACCCGGAGCCGCGCGCUUCCCCUGGAGUAGACCUCGGGAGCGAUGGCCGGACUGCGCGUCCUGCUGUGCCUCGGGGCGUUGCUGGCCCGCCAGAGCUCCGCAGACUUAGAGGCAGUGGCUAUUGGCGAAGUCCAUGAGAAUGUUACUCUACGCUGUGGCAGCAAGUCGGGACCCAGGGGUCUGGUGACCUGGUACCGGAAUGACUCAGAGCCCGCCUUCCUGGCCUCCUCCAAUUCCAGCCUCCCUCUGGCUGCACCCCGUUUCUCUCUAGAGGAUGCAGGUGCCCUGCACAUUGAGGCACUAAGACUGGAGGAUGACGGCAACUACACCUGCCAGGAAGUUCUGAAUGAGACCCACUGGUUCCCCGUGCGGCUUCGGGUGGCCAGUGGCCCUACCCACGUUGAGGUUAACAUCUCAACCACUGGCACCCUCCCCAACGGCACCCUGUACGCAGCCAGGGGCUCCCAGGUGGACUUCAACUGCUGCAGCUCUGCGCAGCCUCCGCCCGAGGUGGAGUGGUGGAUCCAGACCCACAGCAUGCCUGAGUUCUUAGGAAAGAACCUGUCGGCCAACAGCUUCACUCUGAUGUUGAUGUCUCAGAACCUCCAAGGCAACUACACCUGUUCAGCCACCAACGUGCUCAGCAGGAGACAGCGAAAGGUGACCACCGAGCUCCUGGUCUACUGGCCCCCUUCAUCAGUUCCUCAGUGCUCGGUGGAGGUGUCUUCAGAAUCGGCUACCCUGGAACUCACCUGUAACUGGGAUGGGGGGUACCCUGAUCCGACCUUCCUGUGGACUGAGGAACCUGGAGGAACGAUCCUGGGGAAUUCAAAGCUGCAAACACUGAGCCCGUCACAGCUGUCGGAGGGCAAGAAGUUCAAAUGCGUUGGGAACCACAUACUGGGACCCGAGUCUGGAGCCAGCUGCGUGGUACAGAUCUCAAGCCCCUUACUGGCAUCCCAGCCCAUGAAAACUUGCUUCGUGGGGGGCAACGUGACACUCACCUGCCAAGUGACGGGAGCCAACCCACCUGCAAGGAUCCAGUGGCUGAGGAACCUCACACAGCCAGAGACAGCCAUCCAGCCCAGCAGCCGCUAUGUCAUUACCCAGCAGGGCCAAAGCUCCUCUCUUACCAUCCAUAACUGCUCCCAGGACCUGGAUGGAGGCUUUUACUUCUGCCGGGCCGAGAACCCCAUUGGUGUGAGGGCGGUAGACAUCUGGCUGAGUGUGAAAGAACCUCUGAACAUCGGGGGCAUUGUGGGCACUGUGGUGAGCCUCCUCCUGCUGGGACUGGCCAUUGUUUCAGGCCUCAUGCUGUAUUACAGCCCUGCUUUCUGCUGGAAGGCAGGGAGCACAUUCAGGGGACAGGACACGGGUGACAUCAUGGUUUUGGUGGAUUCAGAAGAGGAGGAGGAAGAAGAGGAGGAGGAGGACAAGAAAGAUGUUGCUGAAGAGGUGGAGCAGGAGACAAACGAGACAGAGGAGUUGCCGAAAGAGAUAAGCAAGCAUGGACACAUUCACAGGGUGACUGCCCUGGUCAACGGGAACUUAGACUGCAUGGGGAAUGGAUUCCAGGAGUUUCAGGAUGACAGUGAUGAGCAGCAAAGCGACAUUGUUCAAGAGGAAGACAAGCCAGUUUGAUGAAGUGGAUGAUCUACUGUCAAUGCUAUCUUGCAAGUUCAGUCCGUUUGAGCCGCCCUCUCGCUGCACUGCCCUGGGGAGCUUGUGUUAGGGACUGCUGGGGUCCCUGCAGGGCAAGACACUGCAUCUCCCACUGAUUUCAUUUGGUGUGAGUCACCUCAGCAGUGUGAAAUGCACUGAGAAGGAAUAGCUGGUGUGGGGCAAAGGCUGCAGGGGUGUCUGAGGGGCUACUUGGCCGUGACACCUGGCUCUACCUGGUGAUUUACUGUGACAUACACUGAUUGAGGGCUGGGGUGGGAGUUGGGGGGGGACUUGGUACCUGUGCACUGUGCCACUAGUCAAGGUUUCUAGCCAGCUUACCCAACAUGAAUAUGGAGGCAGGGCUUUUUAAUCACUGUUGAGGUGAGGAACCAGGCACCUUCCUGGCAGAGGGGAGGUACCAGCUACCAGAAGGCGGUUGGAUUGGGCCUGAGGCUUGAAUUCUUUGUUUUGCAUCUGUUUUCCUAUCUAGAACACCCGUGAAGCAGUACCAACUUUCCAAGCUCCUGAGAGAUGAAGGAGAUAAUUUGGGGUGUAGGAGUGCCUAGCGAGGGGUUCCACAGAGCUACUGCAGGGGCCUUCAUUGUAGACUCUCAGCUCCGCCCACCCCAACUAUGCUUUUUCCCCUAGAGAGGGAUGUACCUUUCCUUGUAGCCUUCACUGGGUACAAACAGUGCUGUGUAUGGUUAUAAAAGCCUUCUACAUGAUGGACCUAAGGCUUCUCUUUCCUUAUGUCUCCUGUGUAAGCAAGAGGAGCAUUUCCUAACAGAGCAUCCAUCCCUCUGGCUCAGUAAUGGCAGUGGCUGCUCUUCAGAGGACCUGGUCUCAAUUUGUAUCACUUGAUACGAACUGGACAGACAGUCCACUUGGACUCAAUGUCUGUGUCUUGGAAAUGGGAGUAUGUGUUUCUAUCCUACUUAUUGGACAGUAAGUUUCAAAAGAAAAUAGUGGGUGGUGACUUUAGCUUGAGACACUAGGUUCUGGGGAUUUUUAUUUUAUUUUAUUUUUUAAAUUUCAUCUAAACAUUCUGAAGUCAGGGAUCUUCUAAGGGUGCAAUAGGUCUGUGCUAACCAUGAAAAUCUGACUUGAAAUUUGCACUCUGUACUUGUGUAUAUCUCUUGGGCACAUCCUGCCCAAACAGGACAAGAUCUAAGGCUUUAAGGACUUCCUAACACUGGGGCCCAAGAUAUCCUGAGGAGCUGGUUAACCGAAGUACCUGCACAAUUUGGGAGGGGCUGUCUGUUCUCUUUGAAUGUAGGGACUAGAGUGAAGAAACCACUCCCCAUGUGGCCCUUCUUGAGCUCAGGGCAAGAGGAGUCCACCUGGCUGUGAAUUGGAGCUCUUGGGAAUGGCUGUGACAUGCAAUUUUAUUGCUCCCCAGUGCCUCAGGUACUGGAUCACUCACUCCAUUCUCUGUCAUUUCACAGUGGGAUACUCAGGUGUCUUCAGUUCUGUGAGCUGGUCUUUCCUUUGAGGCCUGAUGACAGAGUUCCUGAGUUUGGCUGCAACUCAGUGGCAACUUUAAAAGAGAAGUUAGAUGGGAAGUUGCUACUUGGGAACAUGGUGAAUGUUUCGUGAGAUCGCUUGGUGCUUCCCAUUGUGUGCACACCUGGCAAUAGGAAAUAUUUGAGGGUUUUUCCACUAGCAAAUGGGAGCUUCGAGGGCUUGAUGCUAAAUGCUGUUCUCAAGCCCUGGCCAGUUAUUACUGUCCCUUCUAUCAGUUUGUGUGCACAUUUAUAAAAUGGCAGUUCAGUUAAGAGUCCAGGCACCAAAGGGCUUUGUUUUAAGGCUUUGUGAAAAACUGGAGCCCACACCCUCUUCCCCUUAAUGCAAUCCAUACCCAGCUCUCAAGGCAUAUGUGUUAAAUGCCAAAGUACAAUUUGUGCAUUGGUCUUUAAAAAAAAAAAAAUUCUUAUCUGCAUGUAUUAACUGGUGAGAUCCACUUGCUAGAACUAGGAAGAAAACCACUUCAUGGUUGUUUUUUUGUUUUUGGUGUUUUUGAGACAGGGUUUCUCUGUGUAGUCCUGGCUGUCCUGGAACUCACUCUGUAGACCAGGCUGGCCUCGAACUCAGAAAUCUGCCUGCCUCUGCCUCCCAAGUGCUGGGAUUAAAGGCGUGCGCCACCACCGCCCGGCAUGGUUGUUUUAAUCACAUUGAUUUCCCUCAAAACCCAAUAGUCAUGGGAGACAGGCUCUGCAUUGCUGUGGCUUUGGCACUAGCUCCAUUUCUCAGUCAUAGAAGGAAGCAUAUAGGAAGUGUCAUCCUCACUGGGGUACAGCUUUUGGACAGUAAGUGCCAAUCAAAUUUCUCACCACAGGACUGGCUACCAGCUGCAAAAAAAAAAAAAAAACCUGCAGGUGGUUCAACGUGGUUGACCUUACCAUUUCAUAGGGGAAAUUAGUUCUGAGGUUAUACAUUUUUAAGACUUUGGAAUAAAGUUACUUUUUUAAACAUA